AUGAGCAUAGGAAAUCUCCUCAUUCUGAACACAAUGGCGUCUCUGCGACACCUUUCUUGUGGAAGCCGCACAGUUCGGCGGUUCUCUAACGCAGUUACUUUUACGUCCAUUGAUCGAUCGCAGUCGCUCGGUAAGGCUGCCGCGAAGCCUCUCGUCAGUACGUCCUGUAAGUUGCGUGUUCCACUUUUGAAGAGCCCGUCUCAUUUGGGCCAUUACUCGUCGCGAGUGAACAGGAUGUACAAUGAGGAUAAGUAUAGUGCAUUUGUGCUUGAUAUUGGGAAGGAAAAGGUGUUCAAUUUCAACAUUUUCGACGGCCAUGGCGGCGAGCAGUGCCUGACCUUUCUUCUGGAAACAUUAGCGAAGACUGUGGAGGGGCUGACUGAUUUGGUUGAAGACACCGACGCCCAAGAUAAGCUACUUCGUAAGUAUGGCACCGAUAUCGGAGGUUACUGGAAAAGAUGGUACAAGCAAAAGAAGGCCAAUGUCGAGAAAAUGCUUUUAGCUGUGCCUCAAGUUGCUCAGUUGUCGAGAUUCGAGAUGCCUUAUGAUGACCUUAUGCUUCGUCUCCCUCUCGCGUUCCUUCGCACGGACUACAACUUCUUUCAACAAGAGGACAACGAGCUGGGCUCGACUUGUACCUCUGCAUACCUCGAGACAAUCUAUUCAGAGCAACCGAACGAGUUUCGUCCGGUGUACGAGAGUUAUUUUUUCAAUCGUCAAACCAUAUCAAAGCUAACAGUUGCGCAGGUCGGUGAUACUAAAGCUAUCUUGGUUGAUCGAACAGGAGAAGCACAUGCCUUGACGAUCGCUCAUCAUCCUUCAAACCCAGUAGAGUCUUCCCGUCUACGGAGGUACCUGACCAAUUAUUUCAUGACCGAUUCUUUCGGCGAAGAGCGUUUCAUAUCACUUGCUAACACCCGAUCAUUUGGCGAUUUAAAGUUCAAGGAAAUGGGUGUUACUGCUGAGCCUGACGUUGUUCAAUACAUCAUAGGAGAUGUUGAUACUAUACUGAAAAAACUCACCGAGGAGGAAAUCAAGAAUCACACUAUUGGCGGUCUUGGGGGCGACGAGGCGUUUCUUGUCUUGUGCACUGACGGAGUCAGCAACGAGCUUACAGAUCAGGAAAUAGCCGACAUUGUGAUGUCGAAUUUCAACUUGAAAGGUCACUUGAAAGCUAAUCCACAGCACUGUGCCGAAGAGGUUGUGCGCUUUGUUGAGUACAUUGGAGGAGAUGACAAUGCUUCAUGUCUUGUAGUAAGAUUGAAUGGAUGGGGGAAAUGGCCAAUCAUUGAUCGAACUGGCCAACUUAGACAAGAACGAUUAAACGCGUACCUGCCUCGAGACAGAAGGGAUUGA